CUCGGGCGUUAGUUACAUAAGCUUGGAGGCGAGCGCUGGCACAUGGCGGCAGAGUCGCAUCUCCGCGCUCAUCUCCCGCGCCCGGGGGCGGGAUCUCGGCCACCCGGGGCGGGCCUGACUCGAGACCCCGACCCGUCGUGGUGUAACGGGACGAUGGAGACCUUUGUGGGGCGUUCCCCGCGGGCAGUGGCGGGCGCUCUGGGUCUCUCCUACGUUGGCAUGUGCUCCACAUGGUCCUGUGCUUGGCUCGGUGGAAGUAUGCAAGACUUAACAGCUCAAGUGACUAGUGAUCUCCUGCAUUUCCCAGAAGUGACUGUUGAAGCUCUUGGAGAAGAUGAGAUAACAUUAGAGUCCGUGCUUCGUGGAAAGUUUGCUGCAGGGAAAAAUGGACUAGCAUACUUAGCUUGUGGUCCACAACUUGAAGUUGUAAACUCUCUAACAGGAGAGCGGUUGUCUGCAUACAGAUUCAGUGGAGUAAAUGAACAAUCUCCUGUAGUCCUUGCAGUGAAAGAAUUCUCUUGGCAUAAAAGAACUGGAUUGUUAAUAGGAUUGGAAGAAGCCGACGGGAGCGUUCUGUGUCUUUAUGACCUUGGCAUAUCAAGAGUGGUCAAAGCAGUUGUUCUUCCUGGAAGGGUAACAGCUAUUGAACCUAUAAUUAAUCAUGGAGGAGCCAGUGCAAGUACUCAGCAUUUACAUCCGAGUCUUCGAUGGCUUUUUGGAGUGGCGGCUGUGGUAACUGAUGUUGGACAGAUCCUUCUUAUUGACCUAUGUUUGGAUGACUUGUCGUGCAGUCAAAACGAAGUAGAGGCCUCAGACCUUGAAGUUAUAACUGGUAUCCCAGCUGAGGUACCACAUAUCAGAGAGAGUGUGAUGAGAGAAGGCCGUCACCUGUGUUUCCAGUUAGUAAGCCCCUCAGGGACAGCCGUUUCUACUCUGAGUUACAUUAGCAGGACCAACCAGCUUGCCGUGGGCUUUUCAGAUGGCUACUUAGCACUUUGGAAUAUGAAAAGCAUGAAAAGAGAAUAUUAUACACAGUUAGAAGGUGGAAGGGUUCCUGUCUAUGCGGUUGUUUUUCAAGAACCUGAGAAUGAUCCUCGCAAUUGCUGUUACUUAUGGGCUGUUCAGUCCACACAAGAUAGUGAAGGGGAUGUUUUGAGUUUGCAUCUGCUUCAGCUGGCCUUUGGUGAUAGAAAAUGUUUGGCAUCAGGGCAAAUCUUAUAUGAGGGAUUAGAAUACUGCGAAGAAAGAUACACACUGGAUCUAGCGGGUGGCAUGUUCCCCUUAAGGGGACAGACUAGUAAUACUAAACUGUUGGGAUGCCAGAGUAUAGAGAGAUUCCCAUCUCAUGGUGACAGGGAAGAAAGUAUGAGAGAAGCUCUAUCCCCUGAUACUAGUGUUUCUGUCUUUACCUGGCAAGUGAAUAUAUAUGGGCAGGGAAAGCCUUCUGUGUACUUAGGACUUUUUGACAUAAAUCGGUGGUACCAUGCACAGAUGCCAGAUUCAUUAAGAUCAGGAGAAUCUCUACAUAAUUGCUCUUACUUUGCGUUGUGGUCAUUGGAUUCAGUUGUAAGUAGGACUUCUCCACAUCACAUCUUGGACAUACUAGUACAUGAGAGAAGUUUGAAUCGAGGGGUUUCUCCUUCAUACCCACCUCCAGAGCAGUUUUUUAACCCAAGUACUUUUAAUUUUGAUGCUACUUGUUUGUUAAACUCUGGAGUUAUCCAUGUAACUUGUGCUGGAUUUCAGAAGGAGACUUUGACAUUUUUAAAGAAGUCAGGACCAUCUCUCAAUGAAGUCAUUCCUGAUAGUUAUAAUCGAUGUCUUGUUGCUGGCCUUCUCUCACCAAGACUUAUUGACAUUCAGCCUUCCAGUUUAAGUCAAGAAGAACAGUUAGAAGCUGUAUUGUCAGCAGCAGUUCAGACAAGUUCCCUGGGACUCUUGACUGGCUCCAUCAGAACAUGGAUAACAGAAGAACAACCAAAUUCUGCUGCUAAUCUACGAUUUGUUCUUGAGUGGACAUGGAAUAAGGUGGUUCUCACAAAAGAAGAAUUUGACAGACUUUGUGCACCAUUGUUUGAUGGUUCAUGUCGAUUCAUCGAUCCACAAACCAUACAGUCUCUCCAGCAGUGCCAUUUACUUCUUAGCAACCUUAAUACCGUCUUAAGUUGUUUUGCAAUGGAGGCACAGGGCAUCACUGAAAGAGGAUUGGUGGACUUGAGCAAUAAGCAUAUGGUUACCCAACUUAUCUGUCAAUAUGCACAAAUGGUUCUGUGGUUUUCUCAUUCUGGGCUUUUACCUGAAGGCUUAGAUGAUGCUCUGCAGCUGUCAAGGCUACGCUACAACUACCCUGUUAUUCAGAACUACUAUACCAGUCGUCGGCAGAAGUGUGAACGCUCGCCCAGUGGGAAGUGGAGCCGUGAUUGCUUGAUGAUUGACGGAUUAGUUUCUCAACUAGGAGAUCAAGUCGAGAAGUUGUGGAAACGGGAUGAAGGAGGCACAGGAAAAUAUCCUCCUGCUAGCAUCCACGCACUACUCGACAUAUAUUUAUUAGACAACAUUACUGAAACAAGCAAACAUGCUAUUACCAUUUAUUUGCUACUCGAUAUUAUGUAUUCCUUUCCAAACAAAAUGGAUACUCCCAUCGAAUCUUUUCCAACUGCCUUUGCUAUUUCUUGGGGCCAAGUUAAGUUAGUUCAAGGAUUUUGGCUGCUAGAUCAUAAUGACUAUGAGAAUGGUCUAGAUCUUCUGUUUCACCCAGUUACUGCAAAACCUGUGUCGUGGCAGCAUUCAAAGAUCAUUGAAGCCUUUAUGAGUCAGGGAGAGCACAAACAGGCUCUCCGGUAUCUUCAGACAAUGAAGCCCACAGUGUCCAGUAGCAGUGAUGUCAUCCUUCACCUCACUGUUCUGCUUUUUAAUAGAUGCAUGGUUGAGGCCUGGAACUUACUGAGACAAAACUCAAACAGAGUGAAUAUAGAAGAACUAUUAAAGCACGCUUAUGAAGUUUGUCAGGAGAUGGGCUUAAUGGAGGAUUUACUGAAGCUACCAUUUACAGACACUGAACAGGAAUGUUUAGUGAAAUUUUUACAAUCCAGUACCGGUGUUCAGAAUCAGGAGUUCCUUCUAGUUCACCAUUUACAGCGUGCCAAUUAUAUUUCUGCCUUGAAACUAAACCAGACUCUGAAGAAUAAUCUGACGAGUGAUCGUGACCCACGUUUGCGGGAGAGAUCAGUGGCUCGAAAUUCUAUAUUAGACCAGUAUGGGAAAAUUUUACCUAGAGUCCAGAGAAAAUUAGCCGUUGAGCGAGCUAAGCCUUACCAUCUGUCAACAUCAUCAGUUUUUCAAGAAGUUUCGAGACCCAAACCAUUAUCAGCAUUUCCAAAGAAAGCCGUAACAGGAACAGUGUUAACAAGAUCUACUUUCAUCAGUAAUGUGUUGUCUAAAAUUGGAGAGGUGUGGGCAAGCCAUGAACCUAGAAAUGGCAUCUCACUUUACAAUAGUCCUAAAACAGAACAGCCAUCUCUUGUAAUACAUCCUUUCCCACAUCCGGAACUUCCUGAGGCAUUUGUUGGAACACCAAUUUCAAAAACAUCCCAGAGAAUUUCUAGAUUACUGGACUUGGUUGUUCAUCCUAUCCCCCAACCUUCUCAGUGUUUGGAGUUUAUUCACCAAAGUCCAACAAGAUCUCCUUUAUGUCUGCUAUCCAGUUCAUUGCCAUUAAGUUCACAGUUAAAAAGGCCACAUCAAAAUACCUCCAGGCCUUCAGAAUUACUUCUACUUGAAACUCCUCCUGUAGUUAAGAAAGCUAAAUCUUUGGCUCUGUCGGCUACUUCUUCUGGAUUU